AUAGGACAGAGUCAUACCUGCAGGGAGGCACGGGGGCAGCAGCUGAGCCAACAGAAGCCCCAGCCUGGCCAUUCCACCAGAGGGCAUGUGGGGCCCAGUGCCCAGGGCUCAGGUGCCUAUCUGAUGGGAAGAUGACUGACACCCAGAACAUUUCGCUGGAUAGUCCAGGGAAUGUAGGGGCCGUGGCAGUGCCUGUGGUCUUCGCCCUCAUCUUCCUGCUGGGCAUGGUGGGUAAUGGACUGGUGCUGGCUGUGCUGCUGCAGCCUGGCCCAAGUGCCUGGCAGGAGCUAGGCAGCACCACAGAUCUGUUCAUCCUCAACCUGGCAAUUGCAGACCUCUGCUUCAUCCUGUGCUGCGUGCCCUUCCAGGCUGCCAUCUACACUCUGGAUGCCUGGCUCUUUGGGGCCUUCAUCUGUAAGGCUGUGCACCUGCUCAUCUACCUUACCAUGUAUGCCAGCAGCUUCACCCUGGCUGCUGUCUCAGUGGACAGGUACUUGGCGGUGCUCCACCCGCUGCGCUCUCGGGCCCUGCGCACCCCGCGCAAUGCGCGCGCCGCGGUGGGGCUGGUGUGGCUGCUGGCGGCGCUCUUUUCGGCGCCCUACCUCAGUUACUAUGGCACGGUGCGCUACGGCGCCCUCGAGCUCUGCGUGCCGGCCUGGGAGGACGCGCGCCGGCGCGCCCUGGACGUGGCCACCUUCGCCGCGGGCUACCUGCUACCGGUGGCCGUGGUGAGCCUGGCCUACGGACGCACGCUGCGCUUCCUGUGGGCCGCAGUGGGUCCCGCGGGCGCUGUGGCAGCCGAGGCGCGCAGACGGGCGACGGGCCGCGCAGGUCGCGCCAUGCUGGCGGUGGCCGCGCUCUACGCGCUGUGCUGGGGCCCGCACCACGCGCUCAUCCUCUGCUUCUGGUUCGGCCGCUUCGCCUUCAGCCCGGCCACCUAUGCCUGCCGCCUGGCCUCGCACUGCCUCGCCUACGCCAACUCCUGCCUCAACCCGCUGGUCUACGCGCUCGCCUCGCGCCACUUCCGCGCGCGCUUCCGCCGCCUGUGGCCCUGUGGCCAUCGCCGCCACCGCCACCACCGCACCGGCUGGCUCCCGGGCGCACGUCGCGCUCUCCGUCGCGUCGGGCCAGCGUCCUCAGGUCCAGCCGGCUGCCCUGGGGAUGCCCGGCCUCGCGUUAGGGGUGUGGAGCCCACAGGGGAGCCCCUGCGACGUGGAGAGGCUGGACGAGCGCUGUCCACCCGAGGACCGCACUAAACCGCGCCUGCCUGGACUCUUGUCUGCUGUCAGUCUGUCCACUUUCCUGGUCACAGGAUGCCACUGAACUAAGGGAUCCUGGAGGAGCACUCAGAGUAGCGAUUUGUCCAAGGAGAGCAGGGGGAGAGUUGAGGUUCCAAUCCAGGGGACACUUGGGCGGUGAACAUGAGUCCACCCACCUAGACACAGUCCCUCAAAGCACACAGCCUCAGGCCCUGUCCAAAGCCAAUCUGGCAGAAUAGUCCCUCCUCUCAUCCAUCUGGUAGGUGCCUUCUAGGCUCUGCCUCUUCACCAUCUUUGAUUAGGCCCUUUUCUGGACUGGCUAAGUAGCUGAGGAUAACCUUGAACUUCUGAUCCUCCCUCGUCUUCCCAAGUGCUGGGAUUUCAGACACCCCAUCAGUUCUGACUUGUCCAAACAGUUUAUAAUAGCAAAUAUUUCCAAAGCUCACUGUGUACCUGAUAGGGUACAAUGUUGCAAGACUAGCCCCAUUUUACAGAAGUAGAAAUCAAGAGUCAGCAAUGAGUGACAUGUCCAAGAUCACACAGCUAGCACUUGGUGGAGGCUGUGUUCAAGUCCAUGGCUAACUUUUUUACUAAAUGGCCUACCUUCUGUACCUUGGAGCCUCUUCAGUUUCCAUUACUUUGUCUCAUUCUUCUUUGUUUUUGUGGUUCAGGGAUCAAACUCAAGUGCUCUACCAUUUACAUCCUUUGGCCUGCUUUACAUCUCCUAAUUUGCAACUCUCCUGUUCCCCACACCUGACUGGAAGUUCUAGAUACUUCAGAGCUCCCUGAACCCUGUGGUGUUCCCAUCUCAAAAGAGACACUGAGUACACUUGGGCCCCAGCUGACCGCUGCCCCCACCCCCAUCCCCAUCCACAGCUAGGGAAGUCUGUGGCUGUA